AUGCCCGACUCAAGUCCUCAGUCGAUGAUCCCAGCCUUCAUCAGGCAUCCUUUUCUUCAAACAUUUACCCUCUUCUAUGCCCUCUUUCAGAACAUCAUCAAUUGGGUCUUCGCACCCGGGCCUCCCCCAUCUGGUCCCAUCGUCAACAACCUUCCCAAAAAGAGAGUAGCUGUCAUCGGGACUGGGUUGACAGGCGUAUCUUCGGCAGCCCACUGUAUCGGCCAUGGUUUUGAUGUCCAACUCUUCGAAGCGAGACCGAAAGACAAAGGUCUAGGUGGUAUCUGGAGCAGAGUCAAUUCCACUUCUGCUCUUCAGAUACAUAGUAUUAUGUACCGUUUCCAUCCAUCAGUGCACUACGAUGCUGCUUAUCCGAGCCAAGAAGCGAUACGCGGCCAGAUCAUUGACCUGUGGAAGAGAUAUCAACUCGAGGAUCGUACUGUUUUUGACACUCCGGUCAAGUCGGUGAAGCAGAAUAAAGCCGGCAAAUGGAUUAUAAACGACGAUGAAGACCAAUGGGGCCUCUUCGACGGAGUAAUUGCCUCUGUUGGAGUUUGCGGUGACCCUAAGAUGCCCCCACUGCCAGACCAGGAGAACUUCAAGGGCCAAAUUUACCACUCAUCGGAGUUGGACGGGAAGAAUGUCAAGGGCAAAAAGGUGCUCAUUAUCGGUGGCGGAGCCAGCGCUAUCGAAGCCCUGGAGUUUGCUGUCAAGUCUGGAGCUUCAGAGAUUGAUGUCCUAUCACGGUCUGACAAAUGGAUUAUUCCAAGGAACGUCAUAGUUCAGUCUCUCCUCGCACUGAACAUAUUCGGACAAGAGACAUUCCUCUCUUGGAUCCCCGAAAGUCUUCUACAUAAAUUCUUCUACCGCGACCUGCAGGAUAUCGCUCCAUCUGGUGGAUUGUACACGCAGACUCCCAUGGCGAACAGUGAGCUCUUCGAGCAAAUCCGAGAUGGCAGGGCUCGAUGGCUACGUGGUGAUAUUCUGUCUGUCAAAGAAGACGGCGUUCUGUUCAGUUUCCGAUCUAAGGGCGUGCCGAAAGGCGGUCCAGGCCGUGAGUCCGUUGUUCCAGGGGAGGUUAUCAUCAUGGCGACUGGGUUCAAGCGUCCUUCAUUGUCGUUCCUGCCGGAAGAUGUGUUUGAGGAGCCAUACGGUCCGCCCAACUGGUAUCUGCAAGUCUUCCCUCCAAAGUACCCGAGUCUCUGCGCCAACAACAGUACUUACGUCAACGCCAUUGGUACUGUCGGAAACAUGCACAUCGGUAUCUAUACGAGGUUCCUGCUCAUGUUUCUCGUCGACCCUCUUUCACGCCCUACAGAAGGGCGCAUGAAGACCUGGAUUGACUUUACCCGCUUGAUGAAAAGCUUUUCGCCUACCGGAGCGUUCGACUUCUUCACCUAUGCAGAGUUGGUCUAUUGGUUCAUAUUUGUGAUUAUUGUUAACCCCUUCAGAUGGAAGUGGGCACCUUUCGUCCUGUUCGGCAUUGGUCGGGGUGUGCCGGCCGAGGUGGUGAAGCAAGAAGAAGCGUUCCGUAACGAAUUGAGGAAGCAGCACUCGAAUUCCAACGAAAGCAAGGCGUGA